UUCGCUACACAUUAAAAUGUCGUGGAUCUUUUUGCAGACAUUAUUAGUAUUGACAUAUUAGCCUAUUAGUUUGCCGCAAAUAUAAACCCAAAACGACUGAGAGCUAUUAUUUUUACUGACGUUCAGCGUUAUAUUUUAUUCAAAUUAACGUGGCGUAUUGAAAGCAACACUAAUGUAACACUAGCUACACGUUUUCCCGAGGAAAAUUGAAUAUCCAUUGUGGUUAUAUUUGAGGACGCCGUGCUUCGACGUGGGAAUAACAACAACUGGCCAUGCUUUAUCAUCAUAUUCUCCGAACAUGCUUGAUACCUAGCCGAACGGCGGUCCAUCUCGGAGGAUUGCAACUUGUUUGCAGAGUCCAGAGAGCUCUGUGUACCGGAAGUGACGAAGUACGACUGGCGGAAGUGGCCAGUCAGAAAUAUGGCCGGCCAGCUGCUACAAUCUUCUCCAAAGUGAUUGACAAAAGCCUCCCCGCAGAUAUCAUAUAUGAGGACGACAAGUGUUUGGCUUUUAGGGACAUCAGUCCACAGGCUCCUGUUCAUUUCCUUGUUAUCCCAAAGAUGCUCAUUCCCAGGAUAAGUCAAGCCAGUGAUGAUGACGCUGAGCUCUUGGGGCAUUUACUGGUCGUGGCCAAGAAGGUGGCAAAGCAGGAAGCUCUGACAGAAGGUUAUCGAGUGGUCAUCAACGAUGGCAAACAUGGUGCUCAGUCCGUCUACCAUCUUCACCUGCACGUGUUGGGAGGCAGACAGAUGACAUGGCCGCCAGGAUAAAUGCUUCCAUCCAUACAUCCAAACUUACAUAUACGCAUCUAUUACUGGGACAUGUUGACAACAUGCAUUGUGAGUAUAUUUUCUCUACUUAUGUCAGCUAAAUAUCAAAAAUAAAAUAGAUUAAAAACCCUUACAAAAUGGUGACAUAUUUUUGUCCAGUAACAAUACAGUAUCAUUUGUCUUGUAUUUUCAUGUGAUAACUAGCAAACCUAAAGACUGACUUACUCAAUAGUGACAUUAACUAAAAUAACUGCUAAAUGACAAACUAGUAGAAUAGCUAGUAAAGGAAACAUAUGAGCCGAGUUUGCACUUCUCUCUCAUGAAAAUUAGAUUAUAGUUGCUCCAAUUAUUGAGAAGGUUGUUGUAAUAAAUUUUAACCAACUACAUAAGCAAUUGGCCCAUGUUCAGAUCCAAACUAGUGGGCACAAAAUGGUAAUUGGCUCAAAUUUAAUAAUAUUUCUCAAUAUAUCUUCUACACACAUAAAUAGUGAAUGAGAAUGAUCUAUUUAAACACAAGUUGCAAGUGCAAAACAGUCUUCGACAAAACGUAUCCUUUUUUCUUGUACUAAAGUUGACAUUGAUUUGCGGCUUCAACAAUCAUUGACACGACUGCAGUGUCAUGUGCGGUCAUGUGCGGUCAUGCGCUUGUGUGUGUGUGUCUCCACGUGUGUCUCUUAAUUACGGAAAUAAAAUUUAUGGUGAAAGAA